CCAGCGGUCGAUCAUGGGAACUCUCAUGAUAUCAGAAUUAUCAGCGUUUGGAGCUCGAGAUUGGAAUCUGUCCGAGUGGAGAUCACGUAGUUCCAUAGUCGAGAUCUUCCAACUGCACAUCUUGAUUAGAUGGAAACAACACGAAGUUGAAAGGGUCGCGCUUCUUCUGGUGUGGUCUCUAAUUCGCAAAUGCAAAAUAGAAACUCGGAUAAUUGUUGAAAGCCAUGAACAGUAUGAAUCACAUGAUGACGUCUGAGAGUUUCCAGGAGAUCAGUACAGCGCAUAAUGUUGGCCGAGUGUCUCAUUUCAGGUCAUGAUUAUAAAUCCACACGAUCGGUAUCAUAUAUCGAAUAUCAGCAUGUUGUUGACAUCAGAUGUAUUUUUUGCGCUUGUGGUAUCUCCUGCCCAAAUGAUGGCCGCGCUGCAAUAGAGUAUUUUGUCAUCUGUGUAUUAUAUCCUGAGUCAUUCUGUUUGAUAAAUGUUCAAUUCCUGCGCUACGAUCACAUCGAGUGAUCGUAAUGUCGGAAUUGAGUUGCCGGGUAAACAAGACAAUCUCAAUUAUUCACUUUUUCCAUGGACCAUCCUCUGAGCCGGGUACAAACCAAACUUGCAAAAGGGACAACAGAGCGCAAGCUUGGACCUGAAGUUGCCGCGAUCCCCUCUUGUACAGUACUCGGAAGCUGUUUUUACGCCUGGUAUUUUGACAAUAUCACAUCUGAUCAGGACAAGAAGAUGUGCCCUGUGCUUCAGAUUUGAGGCGCUACAGCAAGAUCCUCGGCCACGUUUGUCAUUGAGUGUGGCCCCUGACGACCACGACUUGGAGUCCAUGGGAGUCUAUGGGAGCCCAUCCACUUAAAUCGUCUUCGUUGCUCGUACUGGAUUCCAAACUACAAGUCGCAUGUUUGGGUUCUGCAUAACGUGGUACCAUGUUGCUACAAGGGGUGACGACGUGAGCCUAAUGUGUCGGUGUGACCUGAGGCAAGGGUUUUCGUGCACAGCCAGACAGUGCAGGCCGAGUGCUUUAGAGCAGUAAUGGUCAGUCCGAGAUUUUUUGGUGAGCAUUUUGUUCUUGAGUGUGAUUAUGAGCACCCAGCUCAAGAGGCUACAUGUAAAAUAUUAGUUAUAAUUAGAAGGGAUUCAGCAAAAUAGAUUGGAGCUCCUGGUUCUGCAUGUGCACGACUUGGCACUUGAUGGACACGGGUACCGUGGGCGAGGAAGCUUCCAAGCGCACUCUUCUCGUUUUCCAAACAUGUAGCCGUCUAACCUGCAGGAUGAUGGUUAACAUGAUCAGCUUUUUGACAGAUUGGCUCUUUUAUUUUACAAUGCUUUCCCAAUGGCUUCUUUUGGCCAUUUAUGAGAGUAUACCACUGGUGGUGGUGUUUCUCAAGGUUUUUCGCGCUUGGGUCCCUGUUCUGUGGGGUUAUAUCCGCAAGCUCCCCUUCUGGAGCUUUCUCGUCUUCCUUCUGUCCUCCGACUCUGUAAUUCUGCUAACUCUCUCGGAAGGCGAUUGUUUUCCUCUCAGAUUUCCAGGAGAAAUGGAAGACCGCCCCCACUUACUGAAGAUGAUCAGUAGCACAAAUUGAACGUUCCUACGCUUCACUCGGUCGAUCUUCACCCGACAUAAUUUCAGUACGUAUGCUGUUUUUUUGUAGAUCUGAAACACCUUAUUCUCCGUUCAGGAGCAAUCCCGCACGCUGGAAAGUGAUCCAGUAUCCAAAGUUCAAGCCCUCUUUGAAUGAAUUCGGUUGAGGUGGAAGCCAAUUUGGGGUCUACUUUUGCCAGAAGUUUCUGGAAGGCUGGUAGCUACCUACAACUGCUGGCGAGAAUCCGCUGACGGACCUGGUAGCUUCGACGAUCCAGAUAUCAGUCCACUCCACCUGACAUGUGAAGCAUUUGGUUAGACUGGGGUGUGCGUUGCUUUAGCACAAGGUGCAUAUUCGGCAGCGCUCCUCCAACAGGUCGGGAGUGUGAAGUACCGACUCAAGUGCAGCGUCCUCAAUCAAUUCAAUGCACGCUGGGAUGAAGAGCGUUCUGUGGGUUGGAUAACUGUGUUGUAUGUUCAGUGCAGACGAGAAAAGAUAAUCUGUGGACAGCAGAAACUACCUUCAGAUCCUGGAGCUGAUCUAAGCUACGGUAGCUACACUGCCAUACAACUGCAUACAGCAAAAAAUAAUUCCCAAAUUGGGCCGGGGCUGUGUCAGCAUUUUGGAACCGACCCUGUAAUCCAACUUCGAACUUCACAAACAGCCCUGGAACAGCCCUGGGCCGGACUGACUGAACCGAUCAGGUAAAUCUUGCUCGAUGGAAGUCAUUAAGGUCAAAAUGACCAAAGGACAACGAGCAUGGGCGUUCACGCAUCAAACCUUCGCAGAGCUCCAUGCCUACAUAAGAACUGCUCGGUUUCGACUGGAAUCAGCCACAGCAAUGCUGCAUCCGCUGAUCCGCGCUCCUCUGCUAGCAGGGGCUGAUACUGCGUAUUGGACGUUGAUGCUGAUGGCAGGACUUGCAGUGCUAGCAGCGUUCUGUCUUGUGUUGUCGUUGCUUGCCUUGGUACUUUUGGUUCCGUGCACAUUUGUUUUCAUCAAGGUUAUCAAUUACGUGCCCUCGGAUGAAUCAUCUUACGAGGAUAAUGUAGUCGGCACGUCCAUCGCCCUGAGCAGCGUUGUGCUCCCCUUCAUAAUGUCUGGCAUUGCCAGCCUUGUCUACUUAAAGUAUCCGCAAUUGGAGGAUAUGGACUUCAUGGCCGGCUUUUAUGAUCCAUUGCCUCUGGCAUUGCAAAUGGUUGUUUCCUAUGGUCUGUUGGAGCUGGGCCUGGUGGCCCUUGUGCUUUUGACUUUCGACUUCUGUGUUGUCAUGUACUGGGGUGGCUAUGGGGUCUCCGUUGUCCUGCAAUCCUGUUAUCAGGUGCUCUGGCAAAUGCCCUGGUACCUCCUGGUAGCGGUUGCUGUCCCUCUUCCGUUCCUGGUCUUGACUCUCAUUCGUAAGUCAAAGCACUUGUUUGAGGUAGAGGAGGACGAGCAGUCGGAGGAAUUUUGGUUUGGAUCCGAGGAGAAUGACAAUCAAGCCCUGCAACAUGAAGCCCGACUUGUCAAUUCGCCUGUGCCAAACUCGUAUCACAAAUGGUACGAGAACUUUUGGGCAAAUAAUGAUACGACUAGCCUUGAAGGCCACCUAUUGGCAGGAGGCCGAGGUGCUAUUCAUGGCCAUGGUCAUGGCCAUGAAUAGGCAGAGGUUACCGAUCGGUUCGAUGGAAAUGAAUAAUUUGUCGAUCUAGUGGAUGUUGGAUUGACAAGAUAAUCCACUUACGGCAAACUCUGUUGUGCCAAACAGCUCUCACCAGGCGGAAGGACUACUAAUGGUGCAGCGGAGGAGGCAUGAAAUCGGCGUAGGACCCCGGCCAUUAUUUCAGGAGAGAAAGGAAAGUGAAAGAGAAAGGAGUCUCGAUGAUAGUUCACGAUGGGGGUGUCAGAAACUAGAGCUGUAUCUUCCAUUUGGGCUCUUGCAAUGAAUGAAGAAAGUUAUCUGUUAAAUUAGAAGCACCAUUCGGUGUAAGAUCACCACGGCUUUGGCCUGAUGGCAUCGUGUCUUCGAUUCUGGCUUCACCUGAAAUUCUAGAGACCGGGCAAAACAGGAGUACUUCGAAAUUAUGAGAACCAUUUUCAAGCGGAGGAGCUGUAAGCAAUCGUAAGUCUGCCUUCCACACACCAUGUCUGAGCUCCAUAUUCAUGUACAUAGCUCAUCCUAAUCACUACACAGUGAAGGGGGACUCGAAAUUAUGUACUAGUGAUUUUCACUUAUCAAAGUUCAGAGAAAUGUCGCCAGUGCUUAUAAGCUUCCAGGAAGCUUGUGCGUGCUUCGGUGCCUUAGAUUAAAUCGGCAAUCGAUGUUUCAACCCCAUUGCGUUCUGUUACAUCA